AUGACUGUCAUUGAGUACGAGAACAAGUUUACAUCACUUUUGAGAUGCGGACAGCCGGGACAUUACAAGUCCCAAUGCACUAAGGCUCAGGUCGCUCAAGUGAUUUGUUUCAAGUGUGGGCAGUCAGGGCAUCACAAGUCUCAGUGUACUCAGAUUCAGGUGGCAUCUGGUGGAUGUUUCGGGUGUGGCCAGCAGGGCCAUAGGAUGAAAGAUUGUCCACAGCGGGGCAGUGGUUCAGGUAGGGGUGAAGGUCCACAGCACAGGCAGAUGCAGUCUGCCACAGUUCAGUCAGGGUUUCAACCGCCACCGCCACCUCAGCCAGCUAUGACAGUGCAGAGUUCUCAACCGGGCAGAGGGGCUUCUUCGAGUGCACCCACUCAGCAGUCGGGUUAUCAGACAGGCUUGGAGGUCAAUCAGUUAGAUAGACAACUUUGUGUUGACACGCCUAUUGGGGGUUCAGUCACUAUUAGUAGAGUUUGUCGAGAUUCUUCCAUUACUAUUGCUGGAUGGGUAUUGGAGUUUGAUCUUAUCCUUCUCGAGACGACAGGGUUUGACAUCAUUCUUGGGAUGGACUGGUUGUCGUCCUUCAGGGUUAUUAUCGACUGUUUCAGGGGUAGAAUGUUAGUGUGUACCCCGAAUGGGGAUUGCUUCUGUUUUGUGGGGGAUCGGUGUGAUUCUCUCAUUCCCUUUUUCUAUGGUGUUCGGAGUCGGGAUCGACAAGGGUUCGUCUUGGCUAGCCUUUUUGCCGAUGAUGAUGUUAAGUUUUAUGGGGUUGAUUAUCUAGUGGUUGUGCGUGAUUUUUUGGAUGUGUUUCCGGAGGACUUGACUGAGUUGCCUCCAUACCGAGAAGUGUAG